CUGGGAUUGACUGUGUUGGUCUUCCUGUCUCACUCUUCAAAAUGGAGCCGAGCAGAUUUACCGUGACACAAACUGAGCCGGGUAUUUUCGAGAACAAAGUUUUAGCCGAAGGAUAUGACAAAAAAUGUAUUUUUUGCAGGAUUGUUAAUCAUGAAAUGGACACUGAACUUCUCCACUGUGAUGAGGAUAUCUCAUGUUUCAGAGACAUCAAGCCUGGAGCGCCGCACCAUUACCUCGUUGUCCCGACUAAACAUGUUGGAAACUGCAAAACACUUCGCAAAGAACACGUUCCCUUGGUGAAGCAAAUGGUGGAGAUAGGGAAGGAAAUUCUACAGAAAAACAAUGUGACUGAUCUGAGUGACGUCAGGUUUGGGUUCCAUUGGCCCCCUUUCUGUUCAGUCACACAUCUACACCUUCAUGUUCUGGCACCUGCCAGCCAGAUGAGCUUCAUGUCACGCCUGUUCUACAGACUAAAUUCUUACUGGUUCAUUACAGUUGAGCAACUGAUAGAGCUUCUCAACUCAAAAGAAGAAACCAGCUGAAUAUGUACAUCGGAUUAAUAUCAGUUAGUGCCCCUGUGCCUUGUGUUUAAAUUGAGGCAAAUGAUAAAACAUUAUGCAUCUUCUUUGUUUUUCCCAACAUAAACAAUUGUUUUUAGUUGAAACGAUACCAACUCAGGAAUUUAUACCAUGGGCCCCAUUUUCAUUCCCAGCGCAACUCUUGCACCAAGUGCAGUCUAACUUUGUGCAUUGGUGGUGUUUUUUUUCUUUUGGUGUUUUGCUCGACUUUGCACAGGUAGAAUUGGAUGUAACGGGGUGUGCGCACUGUUGUGGCUUCGUGGCGGCCUUUCUCAUUUGCGUUAAAAUUAGGGCGGUUGGAUGGAGCGCACGCCAUACUUGACCUCACAUAAACAUAAAUUGACUCACUGGGGCCCACGUAUGACAUUGGCUGGUAAACUGCAAGAUUUCCCUUGUGCAUCAUGUAGAUGGCUGUGCAUGUGCCAUGGGCAAUUUGAGACCACCGUGUACACCCAUGGCCAUGUAUUUCUACGGGAGUGUGUGCCGGCAAAACAAAUUACAAUGUAUGCCUCAGCUAUGUGGCAUCUCUACUGGGUGUUUUGUAACAUUGAAAACAAGACUUGGAGGAUCAAAUAACAUCUGCAUGAACUACUGACUGAUAUGGACUGUUUUCAGCGCUUUUUGGCCACGACAUUCGUCAAAGGAGAAGUAUCUGUGCUUGAUGGUUGCGCCUUCUCGGCAGCACGCCUGUACCAGCAGAGACUUUGAUUGGGAGGAAUGUCGGCGUCAUUGACUGUCGUUGCUGGACAGACCUGGGGUGCUUGUGUUUUUUGCGCCUGUAAUGGGCAGCAUUUUUCACAACAUUUUGUUCAGUGGCCGUGUCGGCGCUGUUGGACAGUCGGCGUUGGUGCGGCUGGAUGGAUGGCUGCUGAAGUUGAGGAUGUGGAGAGAGGAGCGUUGGCGCAGACCGCCGAUGCGUAUUUGGAACCGAGAGUCGCCGCUUGGAAUUGAAAUGGAUUUCCAUGGGACAGGAGAAGUGAACCAAUCUCUUUUUCGGCAAUGGAUGCUACAGCUUCUUGCUGACUUUGAAACUUAGCUUGUAGCCGACGUGUGCACAUUUGAGCAUGACGUCUCUGAUCCAAUGGUUAAAGGACACUUUGAUUCUCUCCUCUUUCAUCUCAAACUGCUUCAAACAACAAAGCGUGUGACGGAAAAGUGACAUGAUAGGAGUGGCCUUAAUGAGAAGGCGUCUUUCUUGGUCAGUGGGACAUAGAUCUGGCAGUCAUCUGCAUAGCAGUGGAAGGGAAUACCAUGUUUCCUUAAGAUGGAACCCAAUGGGAGCAGAUACAACGAGAACAGCAAAGGCCCCAGAAUUGAGCCCUGUAGAACACCACAUGACAGGGGAGCAGUGUGUGACUCAGAGCAGCCAAGGCUGACACAAAAGGUCUUGUCAGCUAGAUAGGACCUAAACCACUCAAGAGCACUGCCGCCAAUGCCCACCAAGUGCUGCAAACGAGUCAGCAGAAUACUGUGAUCCACUGUAUCAAAUGCUGCAGUUAAGUCCAAUAAAACCAGACACACGUGGUCUCCAGAGUCAUUUGCCAGGAGGAUGUCAUUAGAAACGCGUAACAGGGCUGACUCCGUGCUGUGCAUCGUCUUGAAACCUGACUGGAAGACCUCCAAGAUGUUAUGUUCAUCCAAGAAAAGUUUCAACUGCAUGUGCACCACUUUUUCCAGAAUUUUGGAAAUAAAAGGCAGUUUGGAAAUGGGCCUGUAACUUGACAGCACAUCUGGAUCAAGACCAGAUUUCUUGAUCAAGGGUUGGACCACAGCAUGUUUAAACUGUUGGGGAACUACACCAGAAGGAAGGCUGCUGUUGAUGAUAUCCAAGACCGAUGCACCAACACUCGGGAGAACCUCCUGAAAGAAGCAUGGGGGAAGAGAGUCGCAAGGGGAGCCAGAUGGCUUGGUCUGGCGAACUACAUCCUCCAAAAGCGCCAAGGACACAGUAUCAAAAGAAUUUAGUACAGCUGAACAUGGAACAUGGACAGCGGGGUCAGAUGCGGUAUUUGAGACCGGAGUCCUAGCUGUAGUGACCUUAUCAAUGAAAAACUGAAGGAAUCUGUUGCACAUCUCGGGUGAAGAAUCUGAGCAAGUAGGCAGAGGGGGUUUGAGUACAGAAUCUACUAAGGACUGCAUGACGGUCCGUGUUUUAUGUUAUGUGUUGUGUUUAUUAUUUUACUUUAUGUUAACUGUUUUGUUAAGCGCUUUGUUACAGCUGCCACUGUUGUGAAAGCGCUAUAUAAAUCGGCAUGUAUUGUAUUGUAUUCAUAGGUUGCCUUUUAUGUAGAAACAAGCAAAGUAAUCCUGACACUUCAUGUUAAGUAUAGUAUGUAUAAUAACCCUGAGCGAAGGAAAUGGUCAAAAGCUUGUUCAUGUACACAUGCAAAGAUUCAUUGAUUUUUUUUUCCAUCUGUAAGUUUGUGAGGUGCAAAAAAAUCUUGAGUGUUGUGUUUAGGCUACUUGGGCUGCAUAGAACUAAUUAUUGUAUACAUUUUGAGUUUACUUCCCAUUGAAGUACAUUUGUUUGAAAAUUACCAUUUCGAUUCACAUUUGCAAACCACAUUUUUAUGGCACAGCAACGGACCAAAUUUGUGGAUGUGUCAUAUACAAUAGUAUGCCAUUGAAAAGAUUUGAAUCUGAAAAGAAAUGUAAGGUUUUCUCACAACUGUAACAGUGUUGCCUACCCAUGUCGAAGAAAAACCCAGCAUAGACCAGCAUUUAAGAGGGAGGAAAUUUCAUAUGUGCUGUACAGCACAUUUGACAAUAAAGGUGUUACAUGACUUGACAUGAUUUUGUUGUUUGAAUGUUGGUCUUACUUGUGUCACUAGGAAGACCAGCAGUAAAAACAAAACAGCCAAGAUUCAAAUAGCCGAACCUUCCAUCACAGGGAAACUUGCUCUGUGAACUGCGUUUACAGCUGCCCGGGAAGGGGUCAUCAUGUUUGUCGGGGCCCUGCCAGAAGCCGGUGAUAGCUGGUGAUCAGCUCUUCUUGCUGGUGUCACCAUCAACCAGCAGGGUAGCAAUAGGAUGAUGGUGUUCCUCGGUGGCUGUGGCUUAGUUGGUACAGUGGGUUACCCAGUAGGAGUGCAACAAAAACGGAUUUGAACCAGAAAACUGUUUUUGAUUUUAAAGAUGCCAAUACAUCGAAUUGAAGCGGAUCGAAUCAUCCUACUUUGAAAUGUAUUGAGAUACUUAUUGAAUGAGAUAUAUACAGUACUCUAUCUUUGAAGUAGAUGGCACAUUUACAGUACUGACAAUUUCAUUCAAAUGUGAGUAAAAUAACUAUUAAGUCAUCGCUUCAUACCUUCUUGAACUGAGCCAUACAUUAUCAAAUCGAAAUGUAAUCGAAAUGAACUGAUACAUUUCAUACCGAGUCGAAUUGAAUCGUUCCCCUUCCAGAUUGAACCGUCCUUGAAUCAUUUUGCACAUAACAUUUGAAAACUGCAUUGAAUCGUCUUUUGUGGAGAGACGCAUACAUACCCUUAUUAGCCAAAGGUUUAGUUAUUUGACUUUUACCUGUUUUGCUGCUCGUGACACCAGCAAGACCAUCACAUAAAUAACAAAAUCAUGCUUUUUUCCCCUCUCUAAUCAUUUCUGUCGAGCACUGCAUGUAAUUGUGAAUGUAAAGGCAGGGAAUUGUAAAAUGUAAAAAUGUAUCCACUUUAAGAAGCAUUAAUAUAUUGUGAUUAAAUAUUAAACACAC